UGUUUUAUCGCUUUCAGUACAACAGAGAUUCUCCCUGAACUGAUCAAGCUGCCAAUGCAUUGUCUGCAAAAUGUUUGUCUCUUCGAAGGAUGUUAUCAAUUCAGUUGCCAAAAAAAUAAAAUAUUAUAUUGAUAUCCAACGAAAAGAAGAUGGUUUUGACCUGUCUAGAAUUGAUGCAUCUUUUACGCUUCUCUAAUCGUAAACCUCUUCCAAUACUGAGUAUUGAAAAGGUCUAUGACUGAAGCCUUAAACAUCAUUUCAAUGAUCCUAGUAUUAAGACAACUCUUCAGAUGAACUUUGGAAGAACAAUUGAAAAACAGGAACGAAAACUGCAAUUAAACUACAACAGGGAAAUGACUGUGCAAAGAAUGAUUAGAAAAAAAUGUCCAAACUUGAUUUUUCAGGAUGGGAGUCACCAUUUACCCAAAGUUCUCCAUCAAAAGCCAGCGCCUCAUAUCUCAAGGAACGAAGUACUACGGCUAAUUUCCUGGGCAUCUAAACUGAUUGUUGCUACUGAAAUAAGGCCUGAACAUCCAUACGAAAAAUACAGUUCAAAAAGAACAAUGAAAAUAGACACUCCCAAGGGAAGUGGGACUGAACCAAAGUGGACAGAAUACUAAGUUACAGUUUGUACAGGAAACUGCCUUGGUUUAGGUUCAAAGGCAAACAUUUCUAUUAGUUUCUAUGGAGAAAAGGACAAGGUGAAAGAUGUAUUGUUGUGUAACUCAUUGACCAAUCCUAUUCGUUUCCAAAGCAAUCAGACUGAUGUUUUCUUGAUGGAAAUUCAGGAUGUUGGAAAACUUCAAUACGUCAAAGUUAGAUAUGACAGAAAUGAACCUGGUAAUGGAUGGUAUUUAAAAGAUAUUGUUAUAAGGAACUGUUCAAAUGCAGUUACAGCAUACGUAUUUCACUGUAACAUGUGGUUUUCAUCGCAAACAUCUGGCAAACAUUCUUUCCAGAAGUUCGUGCCUUAUUUUGCAACAGAUAAAAAAGAUGGCAAAAAUAUUCAGAUAGACUGUGAGUCACUAACAGAGAAAGGGCAAAGUGGAAAAGGCAAACAAAGAACUGGUAGAGUUGGCUGUAAAGUUGCACUUGAACCACAAGGUGUUUCUUCAAGAUUAAUGAAGCAAUGUCAUCAUAUGGCAACUAAUAAAGAUCCUGCAUACCUCCACAGCACUACAUCUUCAGAUAACUCAGAUCAAGUAUUUUCUCAUCAACAGCCAUCAUUUAGUUUGCAGAAAACAUUAAGAUAUGAAUCUCCAAUUCAGUUGAUGGAAAAGUCAUCUCCUGGAGUUCAGCUGGAAUUUUGCUCACAAGAAAAUCAGAUUUCUUUAACAGGAACCACAAAAAGACAGCCAGCAUCCAGUACCCCAUUUAAAAAUAAAGACUUUUUCAAAGAAAGAACUGGUAUAGACAAUAGGAGCAAGGUCAAUGAUGAGAACACACAGAACUUUACCUACACAGCUGAGACAAACAUGUCAAAGAAAAUCGACAAGUUUAUCUGUUCUGAAGACAUACAAUCCAACUGUGCAAAACUAUCACCAAAUGAUGAUGGAUGUUGUGGGGAAAUAGAUCAACUGCUUCCAGGUCGCUUCAUGGAAGAUGUAGUACAAUCAGACUCGCUUGGUAGCAGAUCAGAAAAAGAAUGGAGUGAGGCAUACAACAGUUCCAAAUGCAUACUGGAGGUACCGCAUUUUGUUCACAGUCCUUUGAAGAUGGCUAGUGAUAUUGAGCAUAAACCAAUGAUGGCAGAAAUGCAAUAUCCACCUGAAAACUCAAUCCACUCCAUUGAUAGAAAUAUUGAAUUCAUGGAAAAUGCAAGGACAAGCUUGUUGCAGGAAGGAAAACUGACGGCAGAGAUAACUACGGGUUUGAUACCAUCAGUAAUAAACAAUCCUGAAAGCUUACCAAGUUCUGAAAGUAAUUCUGGAUGGGGUGUAGAAGAGCUGAAUCAUACUGAACCUUUAAAGAAAGUUGGAAAAGAUCAAGUUAAAGAACCAAUGAUGUCUGAAGUAUCAAAAACUGAUGAUUCACCAAAAGAAGGAAAUUCAGCUACUGAACUGACUGACCAAAAUGCUACAUGUAAAACAAGGGAAACUAAUACAAUGGAUGAGAGUACUCAUUCUGCCAAGCAAAAUGAAACAACUAUAAGCAGUAUUAAAACAGAUAUCAACCUGUGCGAUGGUUUUGAAAACGCUAUCCAAACCAUUAAGGAUAGAGAUCAUUGCAAGUUAGAGGAUCUCUGUCAGUAUUAUAGUGGUCUGCCUAGCGAUGUGGACCUGGAAUUGAAUGCCUGAAAGGUUCAUGAAAGCAGAAGCAUGCACCACACCCAAAUGAACAUUUGGAAAACCAAUAAAACUGCCAACUAAUGACCAGAAAGCAGAAGUAAACCAUUUCACCCAUCUUUUUUCCAUCUGGCACGUUGGCUUGAAUGGAUGUAUACUCUUAUGUAAUUUCUGUGCAAUUUAUUUUCUUCUGUCUUUUAAAAUCAUUGGCAUCAACAUCAAUAAGAAAUGUAAGCAAAUCUGCAUUAGGAUUAGCACAGUAUGUUAUGGAGAUAUAAAAGUGUCCAUUACUAAUUAAUCUAUGUAUAUAUAGAAAAUUUAUAAUUAUUUUCCAAUAUUGUACUAAUUACAUUGAAAUGUAAAUAAUAUAUAAAAGUUAGAUUACUAAAACCUAAUUUACAUUUGUAUAGAUCUUAUUACAAAAUUCUGAUGUACAGAAACAAAUAAAUAGUCAAGACAAAGAAGGAUGAACAUUAUGGGAUUAUGCACAAUAACAAGAGGGUUAAGCGACUGCUUUUGAACGAUGGUGCACUGACUGAUAUUCCUGAUAAUAACUUAGAAACAGCAUUAGAUCUGGCUCUGAACAUGAUCAAUGUUGGUGAAAUUGACAACAACUAAUGUAUAUAUUGCAACAAAACAUUUCCACUUUCUGGAAUGACCAUUUACCCAAGGUUUAGGUUCUUUGUUGCAACUAGGAAAUAGUCAUUCAUUUUUACUGGGAUCAAAUUACUCCAAUACCAGGAGGUAACUUUUUCCUUGUAUUGUCCAUUUUCCUGAGCUACUCAUGCACAAAAUAUAAAUAUUUUCUUAGGAUCCAUUGUUACACAUAUAUAACUUUAUGGUGUUGGUCAUGAUUAGCCAAAUAGUCAGCAGUUGAAACCAGGAGGCUUGCACAGAGAUUGUGAACUUAUUGCUUUUUUUGGCAUACAAAUUGUUGUCCUAAUGUACCUGUAAAUAUUACUUCUCUUCAAGUAACAGAAUUACAUAAAGGUUUUUCUUUUAAUUACAUUGUUUCACUAUACAUCUUCAUCUUGUAACUAUAGGUUGCCCAUUGAGACUUAAAAUAUUAUCUACCCAGUGCAUUUACUCAAAUUAAGAUUAAUGUGGUAAUAAAUUUGAUGUGCUAUUCUGCUGAGAUUUUAACUGAGAAUGUUAAGUGUUGAAAUUACAAGAAUGUAAGUCUUGGAUCACACAGAACGUUCAGUUGACAGACAAAAUUAAAAGUUAUGGAACAUUUAAAAACAUGAAAAAAUACAAACCUUUAAAUUAAUAUGGCUGAACUUAAUAUACUUUCAGCUUAAUUAUUAAAAUUGUACUCAAUCUAUUGAGUAAAAUAUAUCAAUCAAGUGGACACAGAAUCACUUCCUUGGUUAACAUAUAGUAUACAAAGUAAAUGUUAAUGUGAUACUUUAAUGGUAACUAGCCAUGUGACCCCCCCCACCCCCCACC